UUCUUGGAUAGUUGGGGGCGAUAAAAGCAGCCCUUCGUACACUCGACAUAAUCCCGACCCUUGCAAAGUUCAGUUUCCGUUCUGCGAUGAGCGAGACUCACCGGAUUCGCCUUCGAUGACGAACUGUCAUGCAUCCCGCAUGCUUGUGUCUCUGCAUUUUUGUGCGCGCGUGUGUGUUCAGAUACUCUGCACUGUGACAAGGAUGAUCAGUCGGUGCGGUCGGCUUUGAUAUCGGCGCUGGAAUUACCGAAGCGCCUGCAUUUAUCACUUUCUUUCUCCUCUCUUUGCGCCAAUAAUUCAUCACCGAAUAUACGAUACAACCAAGUUUCCUGGUGAUUCGAAUCUUUUCUUUAUCUUCUUUCUGCCGUGCGCUCUCAUUUCGGUGAACGAGUGAAUAUUGCUGUGAAAAAUUUUUGCGUGACAAGUGUGGGAAUAUAACAAGGACAGCUUCUCGUGUGAUUCAUGGUCCAACUGUAUACACAUCAUGAUAAGGAUAAAUAGAUUAUUUUCGGGAAGUCAAGAAUAGGGGAAAAGAAUUCAAGUUCGCAUAUAUCACGUAAAAUCCUAUAUACAAUAACGAAUAAAUACGUGAAUAUUUCUUGGAAUGUAAAUAUCGUAAAUAUAUGUGUAAAAAAUUUGACAGUGUACGUCGAAUAAGGAAGAACUAUACCUGAGAAUUCGUGUUGUGCAAUAUUCGUGUUUCCUGUGAUCUUGCGGCGGGAGAAAAAAAAGAAGAAAAAAGGAAGAAGAAGAAGAAGAAAAAAAACCAACAAAAAACAAUAAUAAAAAAAAAAAAAAAAAAAAAAAAAAAAAAAGUGGUCAGCGAAAUUUGUUCCGACGUUUAACUGCGGCAAAUGCGGCAGACUUUUUCCUGGUCUCGAAAAAGACGGAGGUGAUAGUUGCGAAUAGAACCGGGUGUUGGUUGCAUAAAUAGUCUAAAGUGGGUGCCCAGGAUAAUACCGAAGGCGACAGUGUCGUCCUCCUUGAAAUGGACUCCGUAGCCGUGACCGUGCCACUUCGACCACCGACGAAAAAAAUGAAAAAACGCAAGGAACUCGAUGCUUUGGCUGCUCCUCACGCCAUCACAAGACGAAAUUCUGGCAAACGCAGCUCCCAGGUAAUGCAACAAAUCAGCAAGGAACUCCUGACGGACAGCAGCGACGACAGAUCCGAAUAUUGGAGCGUCUCGACUCGGGGGGGUCGCAAGUGUCGAGGAGGUCGAAGAAGUCGGAGUUGUCCUGGUUUUCUUCGAGCUUGCAGCGCAUUUUUGGCAUGUGCCUCGAUACUCGCCACAGCAACGUUGAUCUGGUUGUUUAUCGACGUUCGUCAGCAGCUCAGUGCUCUUCGUACGGAAUUGGACCAAGUUAUAGCUGGCAAUGAAAACGUGCCGGAUACCCUCCAGAAGUAUCAUUCGCUGUCGAGGGAUCUUCAGAACAACCAAACGAUCAUAUUCGCCAAUCUGAACGACAUCAAACUUCAAAUAGCCAAUUUCACGACUCAGCUAUCGACUCUUCAGCACGGGCUUCACGAUGUUCAGAAUACUAUAAAGGCUGCGCCAGAACUCAGCAGCGUUCCCGAAGAGUUGAAAUCUCUCAAGGACAAUCAAGCGACGAUCGGUAGCCAAGUGAAUGACUUGAAAAAUACUGUCGUCUCCCUUAAAUCAAGCAAUACCAGGAUACAAGAUGUCCAAAAUAAUCUAUUGGCGAAUAUAACAACGUUAGAGAAUUCACUGGCGACGCUAUCUAACAACGUACAGCGUCCUGAAGCUGUACUUUCUGAUGAAAGUAAAGCUCAGAUUGAAUCGAUGCGCACGGAGAUUACUCAGCUGGUGAGAAACCUCACUCUACUUGCUGAAAAUUCGACGCAGUAUCUCAAGUGGACAACUGAGAAUCGGAAGGCAGACCUGAAACAGUUGGGUGCGGUACAGGAGCAAGUGGCAAAUGUCAGUACGAAGAUCGCGUCGUUGGAGAACGAAUGCGCGAGGAUAACAAAUGUGGCAACAAUGAAAGACUCGGUUGCUAAAUUGUCCGAGAGCUUGAAGGCUGGUAACCUUGAACUAGAAGAGAAGCUGAAGCAAUUGGAUAAUAGGUACAACACGUUGCAAAACUCUAGCGAUGCGAUGUUGGCGUCUAUUAUCAAGCUCCAAAAAUUGACAGCGAGUGUCACAGCUCAAGACGCAAACUUGACUGGGAAAGUUCUUAGUCGUAAAGACGUCGGAGAAUCAUCAGCGACCAAAUUGCUAGGGCAGGUGUCUGAUGAAGGAGGGACAAAUGGAAAAUCACCAAGCCAAUCGGCUCUGGAUUCUGUACCAGUUAAACCAAUACGGAAAAGCAAUACGGGAGGUGAUGGCACUACGUAACUUGGAACCUGCGAUUACUUAUUGAAUUCUACUGAUUGAACAAAGUCCUAUGUAAAGUAAAAAUUAGUAAUAAAAACUCUCGCGAAAGUUAGGGUAAUACCUUUACAUGUCUGGGUGUAUAUACAUAUAGAUAUAAAAUAAUUAAUCAAUUAAUUGUUUAUAUUAUCGUAUUAUUUGAAAGGUAUUGUUGUCAAAGAUUUUGGUUCGUGUAAUCAAUAUAGCGUGAGAGAUACGUACAUACUUCUUAUCUCAAUUGUAUCAAAGUCGUAAUUAAUAAUGUGUACCAGUUACAAUAGUUACGUAGUGUAUACAUAAUUGCAUGAAACGAGAUAUGCUACAUAUGAGAACGACGUUUCAACGAAUUGUAAAUAUAUCAUGUGAGUGAGAAUGCAUUUAAUAAUUAAUUUCAGUCGUAUAUUAUCAAUAUUUCUAUUAUUUAUUUAUAUAGUUAAUGUGUAACAAAUUCCCAGAUAUAUUGAGGUGAACAGUACAAAAUCCCUAACGGUUUGAAAAUAAUUUCUCAAUAUUGCGCAUAAAGGGUGUUGUCAUUAUUCUUGUACAUUUUAUAUAGGAAAAAAAAACAUACAAAAGAAAAAAGUAAAAAAAAGUUCGGUAGACGUUAGUGGAUCCCGUUUGAAGCGAUGGCAACGGCACGAUCAGUCACGGUAUCAGUAACUGAAAAGCAUAAAUAAAUAAUGCGUGACAUAGAUAGCAAUCAAAAUUCUGUGACAAAAUUACGGGCGAAAAGAAUAAAAUUAGAAGGUGAGAAACCAUAUGAAUAAUUGUCGUUACACAGAGACAUUGUUUUCGUAUACAAAGUAUACACAGGUGUAUGAAAUACAUUUCCACUUAAAGAAGUGAAAGUGCGGAAUAAAGAAUAAAAAGAUGUAUUAUAAUUAAAUACUUUUUUGAUUUUGUUUUGCGCAGAUGAAAUCAAAAUUUUUUAAUAUCAAUAGUGUCUGAAUACUGGUAUUCAAUGAUUAGUGUUUGUGAAUUCGUGAAUUCGUUUUGUACUUGUUGAAUUGAUGACUGUAGAAAUCAUCAAAUUAUUAAUACUUUGGAAACGAAUUAUGUAUAAUUAUUUAAGCUUCAGGUUUUUGAUUUCGGGAAAGGGUCAGGCUGAUUAUACGAAUUUGGCAUAUUGUAAUUACCCAUUAAGUCAAUCAAAAUAAAAGUUAGGGAAAAAGCAAAAGUAAAACUAAUGAAGUGUCUGCAACGAAAAGCAGAGGGAAGGGAUGCUAGGCUUAAUAAAAACUAAUAUGAAAGUGUCAAAACUAUUUAAACUUGCGGAAUCAUCUAUUGACACGUUAAAUUAAUGAUAUUGGGUAUUUUUCAAGUAAAAAUGAAAUACUUAACUUCUAAGAAGAAGAAAGGAUACAUUUUCGUGCCAAUACGUAAGCGUUACGAAAUAAUUGAAUCGAAUUAUAAAAUAUGGCACAACUAUCAAAAGUUAUAGUAUAUUUAUAAUGUGAUAAAUUAAGAAAUUGAGAAACGUUAAUAACUGCAGUCGCUUGCUGCUUCUAGCCUUGAGGCGUAUUGACAAAUUUUCCCGUGCGAUGAUGUUGAAAUUGAAAAAAGUUUCAAGCCCGAUUAAAAUCUCUACGCAAAGUUAUCAUUACCCAGGCUCUUAUCCGAACAAGCAAUUUAUCGUUUCACAUGUCGUAAAAAUAAAAACAAAGGAACAUAUACGCAUAAAAGACAAAGAACGUUGUAACGAUAAUUGUCUUAAUAAAACCUGUGAGAACAUAUUCAAAUUUAAA